AUGAAGCCUGAAUUAGAUGCACUAGACAAGAAUAGGACUUGGAACAUAGUUGAUCUUCCACUACAUGUCAAACCUAUUGGUAACAGAUGGGUUUUCAAAGUGAAACAUAGAGCAGAUGGCACAAUAGAAAGGUAUAAAGCCAGACUGGUUGCAAAGGGGGAAGAUGUGUACAUGACCAUACCUAAAGGUGUUACAUGUCACAGGCCUAACCAAGUAUGCAAACUCCAAAAGAGUUUAUAUGCCAUUCUAGUAUAUGUUGAUGACAUAAUUCUAGCUGGAACAUCCAUGCCUGAAUUUGAUCGCAUUAAGCUCAUCCUGGAUGAAAAUUUCAGCAUCAAAAACUUGGGAAUACUCAAAUAUUUCCUUGGCCUCGAAGUUGCUCAUUCACAAGCAGGGAUUUCACUAUCACAAAGAAAAUACUGUCUUGACCUUUUGCAGGAAUCAGGCAUGCUUGGAUCCAAACCAGCUCCCACACCUACUGAUUCAUCUGUUAAAUUACAUGAUGAUAGUGGCAAGGCCUUUGAAGACAUUGGAGCAUACAAACGAUUGAUAGGACGUCUGCUGUAUCUUAACACCAUACGCCCAGACAUCACUUAUGCCACACAAAAACUUAGUCAAUUUCUGCACAAUCCAACAAUGGCUCAUUAUCAUGUUGCCUGUAGAGUUAUUCGAUACCUGAAAAACAACCCUGGCAGAGGAAUAAUAUUUCGAAGAAAUGCUGAACUACAACUACUUGGUUUCUCAGAGUCUGACUGGGCAGGCUGCAUUGAUUCAAGGAGAUCCAUUUCAGGAUACUAUUUUUUCUUGGCACUUCUCUUAUAUCGUGGCGUACAAAGAAACAAGACACCAUUUCCAGAUCAUCAUCAGAGGCAGAAUAUCGAGCAUUGUCAUUCGCCACAUGUGAACUGCUUUGGUUGA